GAAAUGUACUAGUUUGGUUGUUUUAUUGUAGGAUAAUGACUCGCUUAGGAUUAGUCAAAAGUGAAAUUUUGAGAAAGAGGAAGAUAGUUGCUUUGCUUUUACAUUGGUUGAAUAUUAUGCAAGUAGUGCAAGGGUUCUUUCAAUUGAUGGAAAGAGCGGUGAUGGAGGAUAUAGAAUCAAACUUUGUACGGAGACAACUUUAUGUGCUUGACGUGUUUGUUCAUAGGCAAUAUGUUCAUCAACUAGCUUAUGCAAGUGAUGUCAUAUGCAGAGAUCAAUUAAGGAUGAAUAGAAAUGCCUUCACUAAUUUGUGCACAUUGUUAGAAACUAGGGGUGGGUUGAAAGCGUCUAAGUAUUUGCAAGUAGAUGAGCAAGUGGCUAUGUUUUUACAUGCCAUUGCUCACCGUGAGAAAAAUAGAGUUAUAAAAUUCCAUUUUAUGAGAUCUGGACAAACGGUUAGUAAGUACUUUCACAAUGUCUUGCAUUCAAUCAUUCGACUUCAUGGAGUGUUAUUCGUUAGACCUGAGCCGGUUGUAGAUAACUCAACUGAUGAGAGGUGGAAAUGGUUUAAGGUACGUACCUAUUUAUGUGUUAUGUUUAAAAUGGGCAGGACCCAUGGUGUAAUUAGUAGUUAUAUCUUUUAUUUAUUAGAGAAUUGCCUAGGUGCACUAGAUGGAACCUAUAUUAGGGUGAGAGUGCCUAUGAUAGAGAGACCCAAAUACCGUAAUCGACAUGGAGCUGUAGCAACAAACGUCUUAGGAGUAUGCACACGAGAUAUGGAAUUUAUAUAUGUGUUGCCUGGAUGGGAAGGAUCUGCAGCUGAUGGUAGAGUAUUAUGCGAUGCUCUACGUACGGCAAAUGGUUUACGUGUUCCAAAUGGAUGGACACUUCCAAAUCCAGAGGUCCAGGUCAAAAUAAAAGGUUUUGGAAUGAAGAUGAGGAUAAAUUCUGAAUUGAAGCUUUAAUGGAGUUACAUAACGAGGGAACAUAUAAAGCGGAAGGUAAUUUCAAGGCUGGACAUCUGCAAGCUCUUGAGAGAAAGUUACAUAACAAGUUGCUAGGAUGUGACUUACUAGCUAGGCCACAUAUAGAGUCAAUGAUGAAAACUUUGAAGACUCAUUUUUAAAUUGUUCAUGAAAUGUUAACCGGGUCUAACUAUAGCGGUUUCGGAUUGGAUCCAGACAGGAAAACGGUUACUGCUGAGAAGCCGAUGUGGGAAGUAUAUCUCAAUGUACUUAUAAUUAUAAUUCAGUAAUAUGGUUGAUAGUAAUAGAAGUUGUUCAUCUAUUUACAUUGUUUUUUGUAUUAAAUUCAGAGUCAUAAGGAAGAAUUACCGUUUAAGACCAAAGCUUUUCCCUACUAUGAUGACUUGUGUAUGGUUUUCGGCAAAGAUCGUGCAACUGAUAGGGGUGCCGAGGCAGCUGCUGAUGUAAUUGAGGAACUUAAAAAAGAAGCAGCUGACGACAUUAAUAUUGACGAUGACUGUUUCAAUGACAUUCACAAUACUACUUAUGUUGAUGAAGCGCAAUCAAUGUCUUUCUCACAAGCAUCGGCUAUUUCUCAAACUCAAGCCCAAUUUCAAGGGUCGUCUAAAAGAAAAAUGAAGAGUACAAACAAUGCAGAGGCUUAUGAAGCCAUUGAAAUCAUCUAGUUUACUUGCUAGUGUUAUGGAGAAGGCAAGUGAACGUUUAAGUCGGGCUAUCGAUGAAGACAUGAUGGAAAAACAUAGCCGGAUUAGGGAUGAACUACAAA